UAUCAAUAGACGCACGUCGCCGAAAGUUAAAGUAAUCAAUCGCAUUGCAAUCCUAUUCCAAACAGACUCGCACCCGUGAAGCAAACAUCUUUAAUCUCUAUCUAUACAUCAUUGAUAUCACCGCAGUCCAUCAACCAUGUCCUCUCCGCAAACAACAAUAACCAUAUUCCGCGGCUUCAAAGACGCCAACGCCUUCGUCUGGUCGCCCUACGUGACCAAGCUCGAGGCCCGUCUGCGCUUCGCCGGCGUGUCCUACAAGACAGACGUAGGUUCGCCGCGCAACGGACCCAAGGGCAAGAUCCCCUACGUCGAGCUAUCAAGUCCCGGCUCAUCAACACCCGAGAUCCUCGCGGACUCGACGCUCAUCGUCGACGCCCUAUGCGAUCGCGGCACACUGCGAGAUCUGCAAGCUCGUCUAUCGAAAGUCGAGCGGGCGCACGAUCUGGCGCUCAGAGCUCUACUAGAGGAGAAGUUGUCGGCGUAUCACACCUGGGAGCGCUGGACGCAAAACUACUACACGAUGCGCGACCACGUGCUCUGGUCUCUCCCCUGGCCCGUCCGCGCACUCGUAGGCUCGAUGAUCCACCGCUCGACCGUAUCGACACUCCACGGGCAAGGAACAGGGCGUUUCAGCGCCGAGGAAAUCGGGCAUUUCCGUCGGGAGAUCUGGGCGAGCUUCGCGGACCUUUUGCUCGAGUCGCGGUCCAAGACUCCCAAGGAAGACGAGCCAUUCUGGGUCCUAGGCGGACCCGAGCCUACCGAAGUAGACACCGUGAUGUUCGGAUUCGUUGUCUCGACUUUGCUGUGUACCGCUGGCCCUGAAUCACAGGCUGAUUUGAAGAGAUUUCCCGUACUGAUCGAAUAUGCGCGUCGGAUCCAACAGCAGUAUUUCCCUGACUACGAGGCUCUGCCAGCUUAAGGCGGUAGCUAGCAUGAAAAAUAUACCAACGCACUCCACCAGUUUCUUCUUUCUGUCCCCCUUUUUGGUGCGAAUGUAAUUCGAAGACUUAGGAUUCACUAGUCAAACGGGUUACAUAACAAGGCUGUUUCAUCUGGAAUGAUUAAUGAAGGAAACGGAAAAUCGGAGCUCGGUGGACGGUGAAAGAAACGCAGAUGGCCCAUAACCUAUAGCACAAAACUAGCAGGCUUGAUAAUUUUCACGAAUGUAGAGAAAGAAGAUGGAGGAUCAAAAAGAGGAUGGAAGAGAAACCUAGAAUUGGCCAACUCUCGCACUUUAUGCUUCUAUCAAAACCUGCCGCCAUCAUACACUAAU